CACGGCAUCACUGUAGCUUGAAACUUAACACAGCUCUGGAAAAACGCUUCAGAAGUCAUGUCAUCACUGAGCAACAAAUCCGACAAGGAAAUCAGUGAUCUCCUUGAUGACUAUGGCAUCAAACAUGGACCUAUAGUAGGUUCAACAAGGGGCCUGUAUGAAAAGAAGCUUAGAGAGGCUAUGGCUAAAAACUCAAAGCCGCUUUCAUCUGACAAGACCUACUACAGAGAAGAAGCAGAAGAGGUUGAAUACAUUACCUACCAUGCACCAACCAGACUUGAAGGCUAUGGAGAUGUCACAAGGAGAACAGUGGCCAGGGACUAUACUGACCACACUGACAGUGCAGGGGAUCAUAAGUAUGACCCAAUUAUCAGGCCCACGCAUGUAACUUACCAGAGCGCCUCCCGUACCACAUCGGCACCCCCAAAAACCAUCUCUCGCAAGACUGAUACAAACAGUGCCAAGUCUGGGGGUUUCCCAGGCUGGCUUCAAAUCCUGGUGUUUCUGGUCAUUGCAGUGUUUUUAUAUUACGUUUAUUCAACCAUGGAGCCUGCAGAGGAAAAUCCUUUCAAUGAGAUUUCAGCGUAACCUGUGUUUGUGUUUUAUUGGUAGGUCUAAAAGAGAAACAUGUUUUGUUAACACAGAGUAAGAUAAAUACUUGUAUAGUUGAAACAAUGUACAUGAAUUCAGGACUGUGCUCUUUAGCAUGUGUAUUUUAGUAUUUGGAUUUGAUGUUAUUUGUGUGCCCAAUUUUGUGAGCUUUUUUUAAAUACCACACAUACAUAUUUAAUAUCAGAUCUUUUACAAUGAUGAAAGUAUUUUCCUAAGAACCUUUUUAAAUACCAUAUACAUACAUUUGUAAAUGUUUUAUGGACUAUGAUUUUCAUCUAUGAAGAACAAACUCAAAAUGUAUGUUUAAUACAGUAGGGAUAUUAUUGAAAAAGUGUGGGACUAUAUAUAUUGAAGACAACACUAAUUUUUUGAUGGAGGGGGGGCAAGUUCAGUUGUGGUUCUACUUGUCAUGUUUAUGAAAGAUUUUCCUUGAGCUUUAUGCAUGAUACAAAUCCAAACUCACAUUUGUACAACGUUUGUUGUAUUGAUUUAUAAGCAUUAUGGAUUUUUUUUGUAAUUAGGUUUUAUAGUACAUCAUUAAUUGCCCCACUACAUUGUAAAAUCUGCUGGAUUAUACAGUGUGUUCAUGCAGACUGUAGGUCCAUUCAUUGUCUAUGAUUUUUGUACAUCCAGUGAGUUGACAGUGAUUCAGUAUGAAAGCGGAUUUGUAAAUUGACUUUUUUUUUGCCCAAAGAAUACUAAACGAUGCACACAAAUCACAGCCCCCCUAUGCCAGCCCAUUUUUUUUCUUUGAUUUUUUUUUUCUUUGUUUUUUGCAUACUUUCAUGAACAGUACUGAUUAUUGAGAUUAGAAUAAAAUCUGUGAUGUGAUGUUGACAAAAAAUUAA